GGGGCCGUCUCGGUCCAUUCCCGCCCAUUCUCCCACUCUCUUGUCUCUUCUCUCUCUCUCUGUUUCAUGCAGUCCUCUCUCUCGUACUUGCCAAUCUCCACCGUCGUCCCUCGUGUCGCCUUCUACCCGCGGGGGUAAGAUUAUGUCAACCAGCACCCCGCCAGGGCCCCCCGACGACAUGGUGACACCCUCGGUGGCGAGCGGCGAGAACAGGCGGCGGAAGCGCGACCGGCUGCGCGAGCUGCUGGGCGCGGCGCGGCCCUUCUUCCGCCGCCGCUCAAAGUCCAGCGGGCCGCCAGGCGCCGACGACGCCAUCGUCGGCGGGCUCGUCAGCCCGACCGGCUCCGUCACCACCCUGCCGCCGGGGCCGCCCCAGCGCGCCUACACCUCCUUCACCACCACCUUCUCCCCCAAGGGCCCGCCCGCCCGGUCCGUCACCACCCCGGUCACCCCGCCGGGAGUCACGCGCACCGUCACGCACACUGUGGUGACCACUUACACGCGCGCCCCGGCCGUGUCGCCCGGCGCGGUUGCGCACGACCAGGGCAGCACCUACAGGGCCGUCUCGCCCGCCCUGCCGCCCGUCAGCCCGGCCAUCAGCCGGGCCGCCAGCACGCGCACCGUCCCGGCGGCGGCCAUCUCGCCGGGUGCGUUGCCUGCUCUUCGGCCUGCCGGCGGUCGGACUGCCAGCGCUUCCAUCAGAUCCAUCUCCCCACCAGCCUCUCUGCACAGGCAUAACAUCUCGCCGGCUAUUCAGCCUGCCGUUUCGCCUGCUCAAGAUGCCAGCGCUUUUGUUAGGUCCAGCUCCCCGCUAGCCGCGCAGCCUAGGCCUUCGGUCUCGGCCACUGUUCCGCCUACCGCCGUGCCCGCUAUUGCGCCUGCAGUCGCGCCUGCUCGAGAUUCUAGCUCUUCUGUCAGGUCAGGCUCCUCGCUGGCCGCUCAGUCGAGGCCAGCCGUCUCGCCCGUGGUGUCGAUCACUCCUCCGCCAACAGUUCCGCCUGCCGCUGCGCCUGUUGGGCCCGCUGUUGUGCCCGCUGUUGUGCCUGCUCAAGACGCUAGCACCCCUGUCAGGCCUAGCCCACCGCUAGCUGCUCAGCCUAGUCCUGCAGCCUCGGCCGCUAUUCCGGCUGCCGCCGCGCCUGUUGCGCCUGCCAAGGCGCCUGCUGCUGUGCCCGCUCAAGAUAGUAGCUCUUCUGUCGGGCCCAGCUCCCCGCUGGCCGCCCAGCCUAGGCCUACACCCCCAGCCGCUGUGCCGCCCGUCGUUACGCCGACGGCCCCUGCGCCUGCAGCGGCGCCUGCAGUGGUGCCUGCAGUGGUGCCUGCAACUACCCCUUCUGAGGACACCGGCGAUUCUGUCAGGCCCAGCUCCCCACAAGUCGCUUCGUCCAGGCCCACGGCCUCGGCAGCUGUUCCCCAGAAGGCUCAGCCGACGGCUUCUGUGCCUGCCGCUGCGCCUGCAGUUUUGCCCGCUAGGGAUAACAGCGCUCCCAUCAAGCCCAGCUCCUCGUCAGCCGCCCCGUCUAGGUCCAUCGUAUCGCCCACAGUCUCGACGGCUGUUCCGCAGACGGUUCAGACGACUGCCCCUACGCCUGUCGUUGCGCCUGUCGUUGCACCUAUCGCUGCACCUGUCGUUGCGCCUGCAGUUGGGGCUGCUGCGCAGCCUGCACCAGUGCCUGUUGUUGCGCCUGCACCUGCGCCUGCACAUGCCCCUACACCUGCAGUUGUUCCUGCAGUUGUACCUGCUCGAGACAACAGCGCUUCCGUGCCUCGCACUGUGCCAGUUGCUGUGCUGCCGACAGUCUCGGCGCCCAGAGUUCCAGCUGCUGUGCCUGCCCAGGACGCCAGCGCCUCUCGGCCGAAUACCAGUGCUUCUCAAGAUACCACUAGCUCCGAAGAGACCAGCACUUCCCAAUAUACUACCAGCUCCCAAGAUACCAGAUCCUCUGAAGCUGCUUCACCCAUUGUCCGGCCUACUAUUCCCAGAGUCUCGGCCAUCGGCACCCCUCCUAGCACACAAAGUUCGCCCAUUAGUGCGGCUACCCAAGAUACCAACACCUCCCGAGAUACCAGGGCUUCCCAAGUUGUUCCGCCCACUACUCAACCUACUGCCCCGUCCGCCACCUCACCCCCCAACGCGCAUGCCGUCACUCCUGUUCCACCCACUCGCUCGCCUACUCGAGAUACCAAAGAUACCAGCACUUUGAAGGCUCAUAUUCAGCCCACUGUCACAUCCGUUGUUCCGUCUACCAAAGAUACCCACGAUGCCAGCGAUUUGAAAACUGUUUCUCCCACCACCUCGCCCAAAUCCACACCCACACCUACUCCUGCUGCGCCAGCUCGUUCACCAGCUCGUGCCACUCCUCGAGAUACACAAGAUAGCACACCUUCUCAUCCUCCCGCUCCUCGUACAGUCUCGCCUACAGCUGCACCUGCCAUCAGUCCUGUUGCGCCAGUCCGUGCGGCGACUCCUGUGCCAGCGCGUGCGCCAAUUCGCGCGCCGGUUCGUGCGCCUACUCGACAAAACAGCACCAAAUCUCAAUCUCCGGUUCCUCGCACGAUUUCGCCGACAUCUCCACUUGCCAUCACUCCUGGCGCGCCAGUUCGUGCGCCAGCUCAAGAUGCGCAAGAUGCCAUCGCUUCCCAAGCUCCUGCUCCGCGCACCGUCUCACCCACCAUGACUCCCACUCCGCUCACCAAAGCUCCUGCCCAAGCGGCCGUUCCUAAUCCCGUCGCGGUGCCAACGCCGCCCACGCAGACCGCAGAGGAGGUAUCCCUCAAUAUCCCUCAGCGCGAGUCCUUGAGGAUCUGGGGAGCUGCCUACCAGCAGCUCAAAUCAAGCGACAAGACGGCGAGCCUGGUUGCCAAGUAUGAGAGCAUACUGGGGCAGUUCGAGCCCGUGGCGGCGCCUUUGUUGGACAACGGUGCCAUGACCAAGAGGCUUCAGGCAAUGGACAUUGUCGUCAAGAGGGCGGGGACAAGCAACUAUGGCGGCAAGCCCGCUGAAGUGGGUGAUGGCAGCCUCGCUGUCCUUGGGCUGGUCAGGGGUACCGUCGCGGAGUUGGCUGCGGCAAACCCAGUAGCCUCUUUUGCCUGGGCUGGCUUUUGCGUCAUCGCACCCAAUCUUCUCGCUCCAAUCACUGAGAACAAGCCCAUGGGAGACGGGCUGGCCCAUCUGUCAGACCGGCUCAAGUGGUAUAUGGCCCUGGUGCAGCUCCUUCUCGCCGAGAGUUGGAAAGAUGACGACCAGUUCGACGACCUGCGGAGCGAGAUCGACGCCAGGGUGACAAGGCUUUACCGAAAGCUCCUGGAGUUCGAGAUGAGGUGCGUCUGCGCCUACGUGUCUCCGCGGACGGCGGCGGCAAAAUACUUGGUGAGCUGGAACGGGUGGAGCAAUCUGCUGCAGUCCAUCAAGGACUCAGAGGCCUCCCUCCACAGCGAGAUCAACCAGUAUUCCACAGAGGCCGUCAAGGAAUACCUCAACACCCUCGUCACCACCUCUGGGCAGACGCUCGGCACCCAGCAGGAGGCCGUCGAGUCCUCAAGGGCGGCUGAGGACAUCGAGAUGGAGAAGGUGAGGAACGAGACCAUUCGCAAGUUCCAGGUCGUCAACUACGGCGACUGCUUCAAUGAUGUCCCAGCGAGGGUGCAGGGAACUUGCGAAUGGAUCGAGAAGGACGACGCCUAUCGCCGGUGGGUCGCAAGCGAAAACGGCGAGUCUCCGCGCCAGCGACCCCGCGACCGGCAGCCGAGUCCGAGUGCCAAAGCCGCUCCCAAAGUGCUCAAUAUAUCUGCCGGGCCUGGCUGGGGCAAGUCCGUUCUCGCCAGGUUCAUGGUGGAGACUCGUCUGCCUGCAGAUCUGGGGGCGGGCCACACCAUCUGCCACUACUUCUUCCGCUACGACCAGCCCGGCAUGAACUCGGCCACCAACGCCCUGCACUCGAUAAUACACCAGCUGCUCUGCCAGCAAAGAGAGCUGGCAGACGUGGUGGAGAAUCGACUCAAGCAGCUGGGCAGCGGUGCCAUGGGCACCAGCAACCUGGUCGAGAUACUGCUGGACGCCGUCUCCAGUCCCAAAGCGCGCCCUGUCGUGUGCGUGAUCGAUGCUCUGGACGAGUGCCUGCCCGAUCAAUUAGUCGACAUUGUGUACCUCCUGAAGCAGGCCCGGUCUCAUAACAUCCGGUUCCUGCUCAACACCAGGCCCUGGCAGCACAUCCUCCAGACGCUCAGGGAGGAGCUCCAGGAGGGGAACCUGGAGACCAUCUCGGCAGAGACCUUCAAGCAGCGCGACAUCUCGCACCGGGAGAUUGAGCUCGUCCUGAACCACAACCUCAAGACUCUCGAGGAUAGGUUCGACGAGGAGACGCGGCUGAAGGUGCAGAAAAAGCUGCUGUCCACCUCGGUCGACAGGGCCGAGCGGACCUUUUUGUGGCUGAAGCUCGUCCACGAGAGCGUCAAGAAGGUACACCUGAAGGAGGACGUCGAUAAGCUGCUGAGGAAGCCGCCUGCGACGCUAUAUGACGCCUACGACCUCCUCCUCUCCCGCGUGAAGCCUGAACGGCGCCAAAUGUUCUCCAUACUCCUCAACCUGGUCCUGGUUUCCGAGCGGCCCCUGUCCGUCAAGGAGGCCAGCACGGCGGUCUGGCUCCGGCUGCAUCCCAAGACGCGCUCGCUGGCCCAGUUCGAUCCCGACGGCGCCGCUGCCUUCCAGUCGUGGGUCGCCGAGACGGGCGGCGGCUUCGUCCACGUGUCGGAAGGACGGCUGUAUUUCCUGCACCAGACGUGCAGGGGCUAUCUGCUGCGCAAGCCCAACUCAAAGCCCGGCGACAGCGGCACAGUCACCUUUGCCAGCUCGACCACCGAGGCGCUGGCCCACGCCACGGCCGCCGAGUGCUGCCUGCUUUCCCUGCUCCUGCGCCCGUUCCCGCCGGUCAAGCCCGGGUCAGAGUCGGCCUUGGAAUACGACGGCAGCGAGAGCCCCGACCCUGGUGCCGACAACACCCAUGCAGGCAGUCAUGAGAACAACCUCGCCGGAUAUGCAGCGGCAUACCUCACGCACCAUUUCAACCUGUGCCAGAGAUACGAGGCCGGGUCCGAAGCCCUGGUCGACAUCGACGCUUCGCUACGGCCGAUCUAUACGUGGCUCUUCCGGCGCUAUCUGCUCUCUGAAGGCUGCUGCCUCAAGGCGGUGGACCCGAGGGUUCUCUGCGACAAAGAGGCUGGUCCGGAAAAGGUGGCCGAGAGAUACCUCCUGGUUCUCCGCCACAUCCCCGCCUUCUUCAAUGACCCGCUGCGUCUGGGGUACGGAGAGAGCCGGCCGGCCCAGCUCAGCUCCAACCCCGUCUUCAUCGUGCUUUCCAACGAGUCCAUGUGGUCACCAAAGACGCCGCCGACUAUGCAGGCGGCCGGGGUGCUGACCGGCAGUCUGCUCCUCUUCCAGGCCGAAAGGGACGCCGGCAACUUGGAGAGGACGGUCCAGCCUGUGGACAUUGUCGGCCACGGGGAGUAUUCGGAGCCGGUGCCUGCCAUUACCAGGUACUACGCCAAGCAGUCCACGCCGCUGUUUCGGGCCGCCGCUAUGGACAGCGCGCACAUCGUACGCUGGAUCCUGGCCUCGGGCGUCAAGUUGUCCGGGACAGACAGGCACGGGGACGGCAACACGGUGCUGCACGCCGCGGUGCGACAGCCCUUUGCCAAGUCGCAGUCGGACACGCUCAAGGUCCUCUUGGAGGCCGGAGCAGACCCCAAGGCCGCCAACGACCGGGGGCUGAAGCCGAUCACAUGUGCCGCCGCGUGGCAGAACUGGCCCGCCGUCCGCCUCCUCCUGGCACGCGGUGCCGACCCCAGCGGCGCGGACGGCCACCACAUCGGGACCACGCCUCUGCUCUCGGCCGUGAGAUACCAGCGGGCGCACGGAGGCGACCUGAACGCCAUCAAGAUGCUGCUCGAGGCAGGGGCGGGCCCGAACGGGGGCACCCAGCCGCCGCUGGCGGGGGCGACGCCCGAGGUCAUGUCCCUGCUGCUGGAGGCGGGAGCGCGCGGCGGCACGGGCGAGGACAACGGGCACGACACGGCGCUCCACGCUCUCAUGUGCCAGCUCGGCGACAAAUGGCUCCGCUUCCAGCCGCAGCGCAUCACCAAGCUGAUCCACGACCUCGUCAAGGCCGGCUGCCCCGCCGACGGGCACGGCGCAAAGGGCAUCACGCCCCUGCAGACCAUGUUCGUGUCCACGCCCUCUGGCGGCUCUCUCAAGGGCGUCCAGCAAGGCCCUUAUCCCUUUGUGCAGUGCAUCGACACGCUGUGCGAGCUGGGGGCCGACGUCAACUCGCGCUCCAAGAAACACGGCCGCACGGCGUUGCACUUUGCCUGCAUCGUCUCGAUCCCCGAGCAUGAGCUGGGGCCCGUCUUCCAAGCGCUGGCCAGGCACGGGGCCGACUUUGGCGCCCGGGACUCGGCGGGCGACACGGCGCUGCACGCUCUAUCGUGGCGGCCCGGCGAGGAUUCCUGCGAGAAGAAGGCAGGGCGCGCAAGGUCGUUCCUCCAGACGGUCCUCCCGGACCCGACCAAGGCGGACCUGCCUGCCAUGGAGGCCGCCUCGGACCUUGUCAACGCGAGGAACAGGCGCGGCCAGACGGCGCUGCACCUGAUCUGCCUCGAGCGGACGCCGGACCAGGACAUGCUCGAGUGGUGCCAGACCCUCCUGGCCUGGGGCGCCGACGCCAAGGGCCGCGACAUGGGCGGCAACCCCCUCCUCCACUCCCUCGUCAUCAACCCGCACGCCUACCCGGCCGGGGGCCCGGACCGGAGCGACCUGGACGACGUCCUGGACCUCCUCAUAUCCCGGGGCCCCGGAUCCGGGUCCUGCGACGCCGUCAACGCACGCGACGGCCGCGGGCGGACCGCGCUCCACGUCGCGUGCGAGAAGCAGAGCAGCAUCGACGCGGCCCUCAAGUGGUCCCGCGAGCUCCUGGGCCGGGGCGCCGACGCCGACAUACGCGACGCCAAGGGCGGCACGGCGCUGCACUCGCUCGCGCAGCGCGGCCGCAUCGACGACGCCCCCAUCACCUUCUCGUCGGUCGCGGGGCUUCUGUCGUCCCGCGGCGCGGGCCUCCUCGAGGCGCGGGACGCGCACGGCAGGACGGCGCUCCACCUCGUCUGCUCGUCGGUGCAGCAGCUCGUGAUACUCCGCCACCGCGCCCACACGCUGCUCGGGCUGGGGGCCGACGCGGACGCGCGCGACGACGUGGGCGCGUCGCCGCUGCACGCGCUCGCCAACAACGCCGGCCUUAUGCGCGAGUUCCGCCGCCUGCCGCAGGACGGGCUCGACGACGUCGUGAAGCUGCUGGUCUCGCGCGGCGCGAACCUGGGCGCCAAGGACCGCGAGGGACGCACCUUCUUCGACUACAUGCUCGAGGUCGGCCCCAAGUUCGCCGGCAUCUACAGGUACUCCAAGGCCGCCGCCGGCGGGCGCGACGCAGCCGUGGAGCUGCUGGCGUCGCGCGGCGCGGCGCCGCCGGCCCCGCGCGAGGGGCAGGGCCAGGGGAGGCCGUCGUUUCAGCACAGGCUGGAGGUCUGGCACGACGGCGUGGGGAAGACGAGCAACUGGGGCGAGGAGGAUGAGGAUUCUUCGCUUCCGCAGGUCGACCGGUGGCUGUUUGACCAGAAGGAGUAUCUGGACUGGAGGCGCGAGCACUUCCCACAGCUCCCUGUUACGCCGCCACAAUGAGAAAAGAUGAGAAAAAGACAAAAAAAUGACAAAAAAAAUGAAGAGGAAAAAGGCGAAAAAAAGAAGGCAGGGUGGAAGGGAUGUCGGAAGCGAGUAUAGAUGGGAGACAUGCGGCCAGGGCUGAGCCAGCGCUCGGUAUCCUUGCAACACACCCAUACCUAGAGUCGAGGGUCUCCUACUCUCAGCAGCCUCUCCUAGAGUUCCAUCGAGCCCAAGGGUCUCCUACCCUUGAAAACGUCUCUUGAUAGUUCCUGAAAAUAAAGAUCAACCAUUUGGUCUACAUGUUGCGCUGCC